AUGAAGAGUUGGGCAAAAACAUUCGAAAGCGAUUAUAAUGCUCAGUUUUAUAAAUGCGUUGUUGUUGAUGGAGAACAAGAUAUUAAGAAAGAAUUCAAGAUUAAUGAACCACCAGUAGUUAUUUUUUAUCGUAAUAAUCAGCAACUCGAAAAGAUAGAUCAAUUUAUUGAAUCGGAUCCUAAUCAAUCAGAUAUAACAAAACCUGGCGAAGAUAGCAAAGAUGAAAAAAAAGUUAAAGAAAGACUUAUUCAUCAUCAUAAACACAAGUCCACUACGUAA